GCAGCAGGGUCAACCACUGCCACCGGCGCACGCAGCUGUGCACGAGGUCUCCUCACCCACCGGCCGCCGCGUCCGGACCCAGCCCGGCAACUCGCACCUCCUCCUCCUGCUGCCGCCCGCGCGCUUGGCCCCGUGCUCACACGGGGGGUCGAUCAGUAGAACAUCCUGCUCACGGCGUUCCCCGACGCGUGGCUCGUAAGGCACUCUUCCCGCGGUACAAGUGCGACCCACGGUGCUGGCGGAGAGGAACCUAGCAGCGGAAGAUCGAGUUCAGGGAUGGCUUCUGGUGGAACCUUCCGGAACCUUCUCCUGGUGCUCCCCCUCUACCUCGCGCUCGCCUCGUUGGUCGGUGGCGAGGCCUCGAGGAGGUUCUGGAUCGAGAACGAUACCUUUAGGAAGGAUGGAGUACCGUUCCAAAUCGUCGGUGGCGAUGUUCACUAUUUCCGCAUUGUUCCUGAGUACUGGAAGGAUCGCCUUUUAAGAGCAAAAGCAUUAGGCUUGAACACAAUUCAAACAUAUGUACCUUGGAAUUUGCAUGAGCCAGAACCACAGAGCUGGAAAUUCAAGGGCUUCACAGACAUUGAAUCAUAUCUGAGACUUGCUCAAGAACUAGAAAUGCUGGUCAUGCUUCGUGUAGGGCCAUACAUUUGUGGAGAAUGGGACUUAGGAGGUUUUCCACCUUGGUUGCUCACCAUAGAACCAGCCCUUAAACUGCGUUCAUCAGAUUCGUCCUAUCUUUCCUUGGUGGAGAGAUGGUGGGGAGUACUACUUCUGAAAGUGGCACCAUUAUUAUACAAUAAUGGAGGUCCAGUUAUUAUGGUUCAGAUUGAAAAUGAAUUUGGUUCUUUUGGAGAUGAUAAGAAUUACCUUCAUCACCUUGUUCAACUGGCCAGGAGAUAUCUUGGAAACGACAUUAUUCUUUAUACAACUGAUGGGGGCGCCUUGGGUAAUUUAAAGAAUGGAUCAAUUCCUCAAGAUGACGUUUUUGCUGCUGUUGAUUUUGAAACUGGAUCCAAUCCAUGGCCCAUAUUCAAAUUACAGAAGAAAUACAACUUGCCAGGAAAAUCAGUCCCUUUAAGUUCGGAAUUUUAUACUGGAUGGCUAACACACUGGGGUGAAAGAAUCGCAACAACAGAUGCUACUAGUACAGCUAAAGCCCUUAAAACCAUUUUGUGCCACAAUGGUUCUGCUGUACUUUAUAUGGCUCAUGGCGGGACCAAUUUUGGAUUUUAUAAUGGUGCAAACACUGGUCAAGAUGAAUCUGAUUACAAGGCAGACCUCACUUCUUAUGACUAUGAUGCACCGAUUAAGGAGCAUGGAGAUGUGCAUAAUGCAAAAUACAAAGCGCUAAGAAGAGUAAUACAUGAGUGUACUGGGACUCCUCUCCAUCCACUUCCUGCUAACAUUAAAAAAGCAAGUUACGGGAUUAUGAAAUUACAAAAGGUUGUUUCUCUGUUUGACAUCAUUGAUAAUAUCAAUGAUCCUCUGAAAGUUUCUGUUUCGGAGCAUCCACUUUAUAUGGAACAGAUAGGCCAGAUGUUUGGAUUUCUCCUGUACAUGUCAGAAUACCAAGGGAAACUCCCAUCAAGCAUCCUGUCAAUUCCAAAGGUACAUGACAGAGCUCAGGUGUUUGUGUCUUGCUCAGCUGGUGUUAGAACCCUAAGAUAUUGUGGUGUAAUUGAAAGAUGGUCUAAUAAAACACUAGAGAUACCGAACUUAAGAUGUUCAUCUAAGACCAGCCUAUAUAUCCUGGUAGAAAAUAUGGGUCGUGUAAAUUAUGGGCCAUAUAUUUUUGACCGGAAGGGAAUACUAUCUCCUAUUCAAAUAGAUGGCAUUACUCUCCGUCACUGGAAAAUGUAUCCACUGGCACUCAAUUCACUGGACAUCCUUCCAAAACUUCAACUAAUCACUCAAAUACCUUAUGCUGGAGCCAGUAAAAUGUCCAUUCAUGGAGACUCAGAAAAGAUUUUACAGGACUCGUCAUGCUGUUCAAAUGAAAGCACUUCUGCGGAGCCUGCGUUUUAUGAAGGCCAUUUCCGUAUUGACAACGAGACUGAGAUAAAGGAUACAUUCAUAUCGUUUCGUGGUUGGAACAAAGGUGUUGCUUUUGUGAACAACUUCAACAUUGGAAGAUUUUGGCCGGCAUGCGGACCACAGUGUACCCUUUAUGUUCCAGCGCCUAUCCUCAGACCUGGGGAUAACAUUGUUGUAAUCUUUGAACUGCAUGCUCCAAAUCAUGAGCUCACUAUCGAUUUUACCACGGAUCCGGAUUUCACGUGCGGUCCAGAACAGUGAAAAAGGGUUGCACGUGGACGUGGUGUACAUACUGUUACAUAGCAGUACAGUGCAGUGUUCUGUCCUUCCUCUUGCUUUUCUACGUCGGUGCUGGUAUAGAAUGGGUAAAUCUGCUCUAGGACACUACUCUAUAAACGUGGUAUUGGCU